CUCUUCUCACUUCUCAACUUCCUCUCUCUCUCUCUCUCUCUUUCUCUUCGGAGAACAUCGCCGUCACGCAACGCCGGCGAACGGUCACCGCCGUCACUGUUAGUCGCUAACGUGCGCCGGCGAAGCAAUGUCGAGAGGAAGAUCACCCUCGCCGUCACCAUCAUUUGGUGACAGUCGCUUGGUGCUUGUGCCAGUGGUGCUUCUUCUCUUCCACUCGCUUCUUCUGUUACCUUCUUCCUCGCUCGCUAUUCGACCCGCUGAGUCGGAUCGGGUCGAACUCGUCAACGCUACCGAGUCCAACGUCUCUCUUUCGAGGCCUAGGGAAGGUAGCUUUGCCGACAUGAUUGAUCGAGCGCUGGAGCAUGAGUUCACCGAAAACGACCAAAACGAAGCAGCUGAUGCGGGAAGUUUCAACAACAGUGUAGCAGAACAACAGGCUGUUCUGGAAACCGUGGCCAGAGUCAAGCCAAACAAGAAUGACACAAAAGAUGAAAAGUCAUUUCAACUGCAUCAUGUAUUCAAUAGAGCUGAGGAUACCCCAAUGUUGAUAGAUCGAAGGGACAAUGUCUUCAUCAUUUCUAACUUCAAAUCCAAGUAUCCAGUGCUCCAGCUAGAUUUACGAUUGAUUUCAGACCUGGUCGUUGCUAUUGUUUCGGCAACUUGUGGUGGUGUUGCAUUUGCUUUUGCUGGACAACCGGUCAUUACCGGAUAUCUUCUAGCUGGCUCCAUAGUUGGACCUGGUGGCUUUAACUUCAUCAGCGAAAUGGUGCAGGUGGAAACAGUGGCACAAUUUGGUGUAAUAUUUCUUCUGUUUGCAUUGGGCCUGGAGUUCUCUACAACAAAGCUUCGAGUUGUUCGAGCUGUUGCUGUUCUUGGAGGCCUACUUCAGAUCUUUCUAUUUAUGUGCAUGUGUGGACUUACUGUGUCGUUAUGUGGUGGUAAAGCUUCAGAAGGGGUUUUUGUUGGUGCUUUCCUUUCCAUGUCUUCAACAGCAGUGGUCUUGAAGUUUUUGAUGGAAAAGAACACCACUAAUGCCCUUCAUGGACAAGUCACAAUUGGGACCCUUAUUUUGCAGGAUUGUGCUGUUGGAUUGCUCUUUGCAUUGCUUCCAGUUCUGGGUGGCACCUCAGGUGUUUUCCAAGGAGUGUUAUCAAUGACCAAACUGUUGGUGACAUUGAUUGCAUUCCUCUCUGUUCUGUCAAUAUUGUCUCGCACUUGCCUUCCGUGGUUGCUUAAACUGAUGAUAAGCCUAUCAUCACAGACAAAUGAACUCUAUCAAUUGGCGUCAGUUGCAUUCUGCUUGCUAGUAGCCUGGUGUAGUGAUAAGCUGGGACUAAGUCUAGAACUAGGUUCCUUUGCUGCUGGAGUGAUGAUUGCAACCACUGAUCUGGCUCAACAUACACUAGAGCAAAUUGAACCUAUUCGCAAUCUUUUUGCUGCUCUUUUCCUUGCCAGCAUCGGAAUGCUGAUUCAUGUUCAUUUUCUCUGGAACCAUGUUGAUAUUUUGGUAGCAUCCGUAAUUUUGGUGAUCGUUAUUAAAACAAUCAUAAUUGCUUCUGUUGUGAAAGGAUUUGGUUACAAUCACAAGACUUCAAUACUUGUUGGAAUGUCGAUGGCACAGAUAGGAGAAUUUGCUUUUGUUCUUCUCAGUCGUGCUUCUAAUCUUCAUCUAGUUGAGGGUAAACUAUAUUUGCUGCUUCUUGGGACCACAGCUCUUAGUCUGGUAACAACUCCUCUACUUUUCAAGCUAAUUCCUGCGGUUGUGCAUCUUGGUGUGCUACUGAGGUGGUUCUCUCCUGACAGUUCAGUGGAGAUUGGAUACAAGCUAGAUAAUCUCCGCUCAGAGAGUGGUAAGCAGCGGAUAAUUUUGAUGGACCAAGAAUCUCAUGAUUCUUAAUCACUGCACAAAGGGAGCUCCAUUUUUGCAUGACGUUAGAUUUGACAGGGUUUUCCAAGUGUUAUUGAAAAGAAUUUGAUCUGACAAAAUUUUCUUGAAUCAUCCAAACCUAUUCCAUGAUGGAUAGUUCCAACCAAACUGACCAAAUAUUAACCAAGGCAACUCAUCUUAACCCCAAAAAUGGGAACAAGAGAGAGGAAGGAUAAAAGAGUGAAAGAAAACAGACAAGACCUACAUACGAAGCUAUGUUGAAGAUAUUCUCUCCAGAACUCUACAUUCAUUUGUUUUUUCUUCUUUUUGGCUGGGGACGCUCAUAAAUGUAUGAUAUGGUUUCUGCUAUGUAUUUUGAACAGUCAUUGGCCUUAUUUCUGGAUGCUUAAUUUUAAAUGUAUCAAAAUUUUCCUUUUAGCAUCCGUGCCAUCCGUUGUGUGGCUGGGCUUUGUAUAUCUAAUUCAAUUUGCAUGUUUU